CCUUGUCCUUGUCGACUCUCUCUUUCCUGUCUCUCUCUCUCUCUCUCUCUCCAUGUCUCUCUGAUCUUCUUUUUAAUUCAAAUCUGUUUCUUUCCAAUUCGAAUCUGCCAUUUCUUCUUCCUUCUCCCUUGACAGAGGCAAAGAGAGAAGAACGUCUGAAAAGGUUCUUUUUUUCUUGGAUUUUCUUUAUUGCAUCGAUAUGAAGAACCGAAGUACAGUGAAGGUAUCGGCGAAGUGGAUUAUCAUUCUCUGCAUCUCCAGUUUUGCUCUUGGAAUGCUUUUCACGAACAGGUUGUGGGCUCCCCCGGAAUCGAACGGUCAGAUCAUAUCGAGGCAACGACAUGAACAAGAGCUGCAAGUUGUCUCUGAGGACUGCACAACGAAGAGGAAGCGUGGCCAAGAUAAGGAUAUUAUGGGGGAGGUUUACAGAACUCAUGAAGCAAUUCAAUCAUUAGACAAGACAAUUUCAACGCUGCAGAUGGAGCUGGCUGCGACCAGGAGUUCUCAGGAGCUGGGAAACCAUGAUGGUUCCCCUGCACUAAUAUCAUCUUUCCAAAAUGGCCAACCAAAGAAGAAGGCUUUUGUGGUUAUUGGAAUAAACACUGCAUUCAGUAGCAGGAAGAGGCGUGAUUCUGUUAGAGAGACUUGGAUGCCUCGAGGGGAAAAGCUCAGGCAGAUAGAGGAAGAGAAGGGAAUUGUUAUACGGUUCAUGAUUGGGCACAGUGCAACAUCCAACAGUAUUCUAGAUCGGGCCAUUGAUUCAGAAGAGGCUCAGCAUAAUGACUUUCUUAGGCUGGAUCAUGUUGAGGGGUAUCAUGAAUUAUCUGCGAAGACAAAAAUCUUCUUUUCCACUGCUGUUGCAAAAUGGGAUGCAGAGUUCUAUGUUAAGGUGGAUGAUGAUGUCCAUGUCAAUUUGGGUAUGCUAGCUGCUACUCUUGCCCGCCAUCGUUCAAAGCCCAGAGUUUACAUGGGCUGUAUGAAAUCUGGACCUGUUCUUUCUCAGAAGAAUGUUAAGUACCAUGAACCUGAGUACUGGAAGUUUGGAGAGGAAGGGAACAAAUACUUCCGACAUGCAACGGGACAGAUCUAUGCUAUCUCAAAGGAUCUGGCAACAUACAUCUCAAUCAACCAGCCCAUAUUGCACAAAUAUGCCAAUGAAGAUGUCUCACUUGGUGCUUGGUUUAUUGGUCUUGAAGUUGAACACAUUGAUGAGCGUAAUAUGUGCUGUGGAACACCACCAGAUUGUGAGUGGAAGGCACAGGCAGGAAAUGUUUGCAUUGCCUCAUUUGAUUGGAGCUGCAGUGGUAUUUGUAAAUCAGUGGAGAAGAUUAAGGACGUUCAUGAAAGAUGUGGUGAGGGGGAUGGAGCUGUUUGGAGUGCUCUAUUCUAAUUUUUUGUGGUGAAGGUUCUCCUAAUCAAUCUUUGUGGAAGCUUGGUUCUACUUCUACUACCGUUCAGCAGCUAACUUUAUUGGGAGAAGCAUCAGCCAACAGUUUUGACAAUUGAGAGAGAAACAGUGCGAAUACAUGUGGUCCAUUUUGGCCUAUGCUCUGCUUGAGAAGGCAUUGGAAAGUUGGUAAAUGAGAUCUUAAGUGCGUGAGCUAUAUGAAAACCUCUUUCAGACUGGUUACUGUUGAUUGGGUUAUGCAUAUAUUUGGUUGCAAAAAACAAUCUCUCUCUCUCUCUCUCUCCAUUCUUUUUCUCUAUGAUUGUUAUCCAAACAAUGUAUUCUUUCUGGGAGUGGGAGCACAUUGUGAUAUUUAUACAGAAAAUUUAUUCUUUCACAUUGUAGCUUUAUAUUUUGUUUAUUGGAUGUACACGGCUCUGCACUGCAGCUCCAUUUCCACCAGCAAUUCCAUAAAUUGUUAUUCAUUUGACCAUA